AUGGUGAGACCCUGUCUCAAAAAAAAGACCAAAAAAAAUCAGGUGGUUUUUAACCUCUCCCCAGUGUUCACCGCAGGAGGAGCAGGCACGACACCUUCUGCCGCAUUCCCAGGGCUUCCGAGUCAGGAGGGUGCCUCUGAGUCUGUCCUCUUCCUGGAAGCCAGCACCACCGGUGAAAAGAACAGUUCCCAAUGGAGAAAAAGCAGCUCCUUUUUCUUAGAUAGUGGGCAUCGCAUAGGACCCAAACCUCAUCCCAUCUUCCCUUCCAUCCUUCUGGGAGCUGAGCAAGUGCUUCUGUUUUGGUUGUUUCUCAUGCAAGAGGAAGUGAGGAAAUUAGGUUUGGGGUGGGGUAGGGGUAAAGCUUUGGGAGGCAAAAAAAACCGGGCAGAUUAAUCAGGAAGGAACUUGAGGCCAGAUUAAUUUAAAUGUUCGUUACUUCCCCCGCCCCUCUCUGGCCGUUUGGAUUCCUGGAGAGCAUUACACAUGUGUCCCAUCCGAGGCCUCCGGCCCCAGCGGCCUCACUGUCCAUUUCCCCUGGAACAGAGGAUGCAUACCUGGGCUCUCCACCGAGGGAGAUGAUGCAGGGAGGGGAAUCCCACCUGCUGUGAGUCACCUGCUGGUGUAAAGGGCGGGCCUUGCACUGCAGAGACCUUAAAAAGACUCGGAGACAGAGGGAGGAAAACAAGGGGAACCAGCUCAGAAACUCUGUGAGCAGCAAGAACCAGAACCAGACACAGAACAGAAGAGAAUCAGGCUCCGAGCAAGGGGAAGUGGGAAGAGAUUCCUGCGGGACUGGUGCAAGCCCCUGAGCCAGGCAGAUUCGAGAAGCGGGUGACGAGAUGCUGGGGGGCACAGCUGUGAUGCUGCUACUGCUGCUCCCCUGGGCGGCGCAGGCCCGGGCAGUCUCUGGGAGCAGCAGCCCUUCCUGGGCCCAGUGCCAGCGGCUGUCACGGAAGCUCUGCACGCUGGCUUGGAGUGCACAUCCGUCAGCAGGACAUGUGGAUCCACCAAGAGAAGAGGGAGACGAAGAGAAUACCGAUGGCGUCCCCCACAUCCGGUGUGGGGACGGCUGCGACCCACAAGGGCUGAAGGACAGCAGUCGGUUCUGUCUGCAGAGGAUCUACCAGGGUCUGGUUUUUUACCAGAAGCUGCUGGGCUCGGACAUUUUCACGGGGGACCCUGCACUACUCCCUGAUGGCCUGGCAGGCCAGCUUCAGGCCUCCCUGCUGCGGCUCAGCCAACUCCUACAGCCUGAGGGUCCCCAGCGGGAGCCUCAGACGCCCAGCCUCAGCCCCAGCCAGCCUUGGCAGCGUCUCCUGCUUCGGGUCAAGAUCCUCCGCAGCCUCCAGGCCUUCGUGGCUGUAGCCGCCCGCGUCUUUGGCCAUGGAGCAGCAAACCUGAGCCCCUAAGGCCGACACCUAAGGGUGGCGCUCAGCUCUCUGCGGCUCGGGAAGGACAAAUCCACUAGCUCAGGCACCUGAGGGCCAGUGAGCGAGUUAGUCCGUUAAUUUUAAUGGGACCCACUUGUUAAAAAAUGACCAAUACUGACUCACGAUGUUGACCUGUGACAAAGCUGCAUAUUUAUUAGAUGGGAAGGGAAAUGUUGGUAUUAUUUAUCCUCACAGGCGCAGUCUGGGGAGGACUAUUUAUUGUAUUUAUAAGGAAUUAUGUUAUUUUUUUUCAAUAAAGACUUAUUUAUGUGACUCU